AUGAAUCCGCACCAGACACGGCGCGUGGCUGCGAGAGCAGGCCAGGCGGUAUGCCGCUCGUGUAGAACCUCCACCUCGCGCGCCUACGCAACUGCAGCCGCGGCCGCUGCCCCCGAGGAGCCCGUCGCCCAGCACAUCCCCCCCGUGGCCCAGUCGUCGCCCUCGCCCUCCUACGCCGUCAAUGCGGGCGUCUUGCUCUCCCGCCCCCCGCAGAUCACCCGCGACCUGCACCCGUUCGAGGAGGCCUUCUUCCUGUACCAGAAGCGCCUCAACGAGCGCACCGCGCUGCCCUUCACACGCUACUUCUACAUCAAACCGAAAACACCGGCAGACCGCGAGUGGAAGCGGAAGAUCGCGCAGCGCCUGACGCCCGCGCGCGACAUCGGGCGGUACAAGGGCUACGGCGAGGAGGCGUGGAACGACGAGGUGCUCGUCGGCGCCAAGGAGAGCCAGACGCAAUGGCAGGUGGACCGAUUGCUGGAGGACGCCGAGACCACGGGAGCCGAGGACCAGUCCGCGGUUGUAGCCGCCGCAGCAGAGGCCGCCAAAGACGAGCGCGAGACGAUCGAGCAGCUGCCGAGCAGAAUCACCGCCGCGGACCACGCAAACGACACCAAGAGCCUGGCGCGUGCGCUGCAGCGGACGCUGUAUCUGCUGGUCAAGAACAAGGAGGGCCGGUGGGAGUUCCCGCAGGACAGGCUGGCCGAUGAGAACUUGCACGGGGCUGCGCACCGCAUCAUCACCUCAGCGGGCGGCAUCAACAUGAACACCUGGCUCGUGGGCCACGUGCCCAUUGGCCACUACCAGCGCAAAUACGCGAGCCCCAAGCAGUUGGAGUCUGGGCUGCAGGAGCAAGGCUCCAAGACCUUUUUCUUGAAGGCGCGCAUCAUGGCCGGCCAGGCCAAUCUUGCGGAGAACAAGCUCGGGUUGCAGGACUUCAAGUGGCUGCACAAGGAUGAACUAAAGACGGCGGUUGAGGGUGACUACUGGCGCCAGAUCAAGAACAUGCUCGCUGAGCGGUAA